AGAACAGAGGUCGGGUUUCCUCCUCUUUAAAGCACAGAUGGACUAGUAACAAAAGAACCGUCUUCCCAUUGUGUCUCCUGACCGGGGCCUUGUAAAAGUCAUUGAACAUCUAUAAAUCCUGCCAUUAUCCGACAGCAUCACACAGCAAUGAGCGAGACCACUAUUUCAUUCGCCAAGGACUUUUUGGCCGGUGGAAUCGCCGCUGCGAUCUCCGAGACUGCUGUUGCACCCAUCGAAAGAGCCAAGCUGCUCCUUCAGGUCCAGCAUGCCAGCAAGCAAAUUAAAGUAGACAAACAAUACAAAGGUAUUAUUGACUGUGUAGUGCGUAUUCCCAAGGAGCAGGGCUUCCUGUCCUUCUGGAGAGGCAACUUGACCAACGUCAUUAGGUACUUCCUAACACAAGCUCUCAACUUCGCCUUUAAGGAUAAGUAUAAGAAGAUUUUCCUGGAUGGCGUUGACAAGCGCACCCAGUUUUGGAGGUACUUUGCUGGUAACCUCGCCUCCGGUGGUGCCGCCGGAGCCACGUCUCUGUGCGUCGUUUACCCCCUUGACUUUGCCAGAACCCGUCUGGCGGCUGAUGUGGGAAAAGGCGUUGCAGAGAGAGAAUUCACAGGCCUUGGAAACUGUUUAGUAAAGAUCUUCAGGUCUGAUGGUCUGAGGGGCUUGUAUCAGGGCUUCAACGUGUCUGUGCAAGGCAUCAUCAUCUACAGGGCGGCGUACUUUGGCAUCUACGACACCGCAAAAGGCAUGCUGCCCGACCCAAAGAACACUCAUAUGGUCAGCUGGAUGAUUGCUCAGACAGUCACUGUCGUCGCUGGUUUCAUAUCGUAUCCCUUCGACACUGUACGCCGUCGUAUGAUGAUGCAGUCUGGAUGUAAAAGAGGCGACAUAAUGUACAGCGGCACCGUUGACUGCUGGAGGAAGAUUACACGUGAUGAGGGUGGCAAGGCCUUCUUCAAGGGUGCCUGGUCCAACGUGCUCAGAAGCAUGGGUGGAGCCUUCGUCCUGGUUCUGUACGACGAGUUCCAGAAAAUCACUUGAACACUUUAUAGAUUUCACUGUGUGAAGAAAAAACUGUGUAGUGUAUGUGUGGCUUUACUUGUGUGGGUAGUGUUGCAUAUAAGUUAUAAUAAAGAUAAUAUAUGCACUUUUCCCCUUUUUCUUUUCUAAAAUGUUUCGUCUCUUCCCUGACUUAUCACUGGUACUGGAUUACUGUAAACCUCAGUGUGAUUGGCUGGAUUUAGUCUUUAUUAUAUUUAGAAUACAAAAGGCUAAGAUGCAUUUAUACUGUAAUGUUUUUAUCAGUUUUACUUCCAAACCUGAGCUAAACUUGAACUGAACCAAAUUUUGCUUCAUACACAAAUCUUUGAUUUCUGUCAAUACAUUUUUCCCAUAAUUGUAUUGGGGUGAUUUGUUCUAUAAGAACAGUCCAAUAUAUGAUCAUUAUUAUUAUUAUUACCACAAUAACUGGAAACUGUUUUCCACAGUGUGUUACGUUUUAUUACUGGUUGUCGCUGUCAUUGCUGUGUACACUGAGCUGUUAUUUGGA